AAGUAAAAGUAUUACAAACGGAUGCUGAACCUUUUGAACGAGCCUUACAAGCAGUAUUACUCAGCCAACAUCGCCGCAAAAUAUUUGAAAAAAAUGGAAAAGUAAUAAAACCGGUUAUUUUAUUUAAAUCUAAAACUAUUAAGGAAAGUGAAGAAUUUCAAGAAAGAUUUAUAAGGGGUAUACAAAACCUUACAAGCGAGAAACUUAGCGAGAUUGAAGCAAACGCCAAGGAUGAGUUCCUGACAAAAAUGUUUAAAUAUUUUGCUACUAAUAAAAUCUCCUUAGAUAAUUUGGUUGCUGAACUACAAGAAGAUUUUUCAGCGGAAAAAACGCUUUCGGUUAAUAGCCAAAAUGAAAGUGAAAAAAAUCAAUUGGCCGUAAAUACUUUAGAAGACCCUAAAAAUGAAUAUCGAGCCAUUUUUGCGAACAACAUACCAGGACCAACAACUAUAAAAGAAGCCCAAUUAAUCGGACGAGGAGCCCGAUAUUGCCCUUUCAAAAUUAAUGAAAUUGACGACCCUUCGCAACGAAAAUUUGACCGCGACCUCCAAAAUGAAAUGCGAAUUUGUGAAGAAUUAUACUACCAUAGCAACUAUAAUCCUCGUUAUAUCCAAGAAUUAACUUCGGCUCUGAUAAAAACCGGAAUUAUCCCGGAUAAUACCACCAAAAGAAAACUUGCCAUUAAAAAAGAAUUUAAAAAUACUGAAUUUUACCGGUCUG